AUGGUCCUUAGCUGGCUACUGCUCCUAGUGAUGGCUCUGCCCACAGUCAUGACAGGCAUCAAGAUGUGCAUCUUCUGUGAUGUGACCGACUCAUCCUCCAUCUGCCCCGGCAUCCUCAUGACCUGUGGCGACGAUGAACAGUGCUUCACCGGCCAAGGAAUGAUCCCCGGCCUCGGCCCUGUCACCAACAAAGGCUGCAUGCUGUCCACUUCAUGUAGCCGCCGUGUAGAGCCUGUCAUCUACCAGGGCAUCACCUACAAGUUCAACUCCACCUGCUGUGAUGGCGAACUGUGUAACAGGGCCCCCAUCCCCGCAGGCAGCCUGAAGGCAGCGGCCACCACCUGCCUGGCACUGGGCGUGCUGCUGCUGCUGCUUCAAUGA